UCAAAGCAGGCGAAGCUUCGCUCCAGCCAGUACCUUAAGGUACCUUACCUAGUACCUACUACGGAGUAGUACUAUUCUUUCUUUCGUUUUCCAUCACGGCAGAGUACUCCAUCAAGCAUCAUUCGCCUUCAUCUUCCAGUCAUCAACCAACAUCAAUAAUGCCACCACUGAUGGUGCCAUCCUGAUGGUGACACAGGCUUGUACGCCAAAGCCGCUCCUGGACUUUGUCCGCGGCCGGCGUGAUCUCCUAGAUCACCCUCUAAUAUGGAUUUGGAAGCAUCUCGAAUCGCCGGGAUGCCAAUUCGACGAUCUUGAGACGUCCGCUUACUCCGAGUCCGCGCCGAAGGAUUCCCAGGGUACUGCCGAUGCUGACGCGCUCGGAAACCUGAAGUGUGCCGUAAUGCUCAUAACGUGGCCUAUGACCCAUCGGAAGAUGAUUCCUUACAAGCCAUAUGACACCUUUGCCGGCCGCCUCAGGGACCAGCUAGUGGCAUCCAGUCCAUCGAAACUUUUCGACCAUGUGAACGAUGCCACCAGCUAUGAAACGAAACGACGCCAAGGAAUAGACGACGAUGGGGAGGACGACUGUGUUCCACGGAAGAUUCGGCGAAUAUCCGACAGAUGAGCUGGUGAAAGGGCGCGAACGGGAGUGGAAGAUUGUUCUGGAGCAAGGAGCGAUCGAGUCUUCACAAAUACAAGUAACCAUGUCGAGGUUGAGGAUGGCGGGCCUAUCAUCUACCGAGACUGGAUACGUUCGAGUAGCUAUGAGGGUAGCUAGUCUGUACUCAUGGCGACUUAUGCUCCUAACAUGAUGUAAU